AUGUGCAACUCCUGUUGUGGCUCCGUCUGCUCUGAGCAGGGCUGUGGCCAGGAGGCCUGCUGCCAGCCCAGCUGCAUGCAGACCACCUGCUGCAGGACCACCUGCUGCCGCCCCAGCUGCUGCGUGUCCAGCUGCUGCAGGCCCCAGAGCUGCGUGUCCAGCUGCUGCAGGCCCCAGAGCUGCAUCUCCAGCUGCUGCAGACCCCAGUGCUGCAUCUCCAGCUGCUGCAGGCCCCAGUGCUGCAUCUCCAGCUGCUGCAGACCCCAGUGCUGCAUCUCCAGCUGCUGCAGGCCCCAGAGCUGCAUCUCCAGCUGCUGCAGACCCCAGUGCUGCAUCUCCAGCUGCUGCAGGCCCCAGAGCUGCCAAUCUGUGUGCUGCCAGCCCACCUGCUGCCGCCCCUCCUGCUGCCGCCCCAGCUGCUGCAUCUCCAGCUGCUGCCAGCCCUCCUGUGGUGGCUCCAGCUGCUGCCGCCCCUGCUGCUGCCGCCCCUGCUGCUGCCUGCGGCCAGUGUGCGGCCAGGUCUCCUGCCACACCACUUGCUACCGCCCAACCUGCGUCAUCUCCACCUGCCCCCGCCCCAUGUGCUGCGCCGUCCCUUGCCCUUGCUGCUGA